UGUCGGUAUCUUGCAAAUGUUAGUUUCGUCAUCAUAAACAAACAGUGUUCUCCGUUGAUUCUUUUGGAUGCAAAAAGCAUUAUCAAAAUGCUGCACCUAAAUAAUAAAUGCACAGUGAAAAAUGUCAAUUAAAUGUUUAAAAAAUAACAUACAGUGAAACGUGUCGAAACGUCACCGUGUAAAAAUUUUCAAAUAGGUAUGCUUGGUAUUGUGAGAGCACUAUGCGGUAUUCAUAACCUAAACGAAUUUCAUGCAGGAAUCUUUCAUAAGUUCAAUUUGUUUUUCCCAAAAUAACUCGUUAUGAUUCCUCUUGACGGACCAUUCGUCUCGAUAACUGUGUUUUAUCGUAUUUACUGAAAUACAAGCACUAUUGUCAUCGAAUCAUUCAAUCUUCGAAGGAAAAUGAAAUUCGCAGAGCACCUGAGUGCUCAUAUCACACCAGAAUGGAGAAAACAGUACAUAAACUACGAGGAAAUGAAAGCACUGUUAUAUGCAGCAGUAGAACAAGCACCAUCAGCAGACACGACAGAAUCUCAUGUAUUAGAGCGUUAUUUCAACAAAUUUGAUGAGAAAUUUUUUCAUUAUUGCGAUAAAGAGUUAGCAAAAAUAAAUACAUUUUAUUCAGAAAAGCUGGCAGAAGCCACACGCAGAUUUGCAAGCCUGAACAAUGAGCUCAGUGAAAUUCUAUCAGUCUCAGAAGAUAAACAAGGGAGCCGCAAGUCUAGAUACCGUAACAACAUCCUGCACAAAAAACCAGUCUCAGCACGGAAGCACCAGGAAUUGAAACUAGCCUUUUCAGAAUUUUAUCUGUUCCUCAUUUUGCUCCAGAAUUAUCAGAAUCUCAAUUUUACUGGGUUCAGAAAGAUACUAAAGAAACAUGAUAAACUUUUAAAUAUAGAUCUUGGGGCAAAAUGGAGGGCAGAGCAUGUGGAUACAGCAUUGUUUCACACGCACAAAGAUAUAGACAGGCUUAUUGCAGAAACAGAAGCAUUGGUCACCAGAGAUUUGGAACAGGGAGACAGACAACGUGCCAUGAAACGUUUAAGAGUUCCACCUUUGGGAGAACAACUGUCUCCGUGGAUCACAUUUAAAGUUGGAAUCUUUUCUGGGGCUUUCAUUGUACUUCUCAUAGCAGUAAUACUUUCAGGUAUACGGUAUAAAGAUAAUAAUAAUUGGCGAGUUUUAUGUAGACUUUAUCGUGGACCGCUUCUGAUGAUCCAGUUUUUUUUCCUCAUGGGAAUAAACGUCUAUGGGUGGAGGUCUUCUGGUGUCAAUCAUGUUUUAAUAUUCGAACUUGAUCCCAGGAAUCAUUUAUCUGAACAGCACAUUAUUGAAAUGGCCAGUGUCUUCGGGCUCGUUUGGUCCCUGUCGAUACUGGGUUUCUUGUACAGUGAAACUUUGGGGAUACCGCCCUUCGUUCAACCUAUGUUAUUGUAUACGUUGCUAGCAGUAUUUCUGUUUAAUCCAACAAAAACAUUGCGACACGAGGCGAGAUUUUGGGCGCUUCGAGUUUUGGGGAGAAUAUUCUGUGCCCCGUUUUUCUACGUCGGUUUUGCCGAUUUUUGGCUUGCUGAUCAAUUGAACUCUCUCCAUACCGUUUUCUUGGACUUUCAAUAUUUUGUUUGCUUCUAUGUGCAAAAUUCGUCUUGGACCAGUGUCACAGAUGCAGAGACUUGCAUAAUGCGUGAAUUAUCCAUGAGACCAUUCGUAGCCUGCUUACCAGCUUGGUUUCGGUUUGCACAAUGCUUGCGCCGAUACAGAGACACAAAAGAAGCCUUUCCCCACCUUGUGAACGCAGCAAAGUACGCCACCAGUUUCUUUGUUGUAGUUUUUUCGUAUCUACAUUUGACUAACGCUAAACAUUAUGUAAUGUCGACCGAAAAUCCUUAUUUUUACUUGUGGAUAACUGCAAGCAUAAUGAGUUCUUGUUUUGCUUAUACGUGGGAUGUGAAAUUGGACUGGGGUUUGUUCGAUAGCAACGCAGGAGAAAAUAAAUUUCUUAGAGAAGAAAUCGUCUACUCUUCUCCAUAUUAUUACUACUUUGCUAUAAUCGAGGACUUUAUUCUUCGUUUUGGUUGGGCAUUUUCCUUAUCCCUAACUGAAAUGGGGUACGUGCACGCGGAUUUAAUGGUCUCCAUUGUUGCCCCAUUGGAAGUGUUCAGGAGGUUCAUAUGGAACUUUUUCCGGUUGGAAAACGAGCAUCUGAACAAUUGUGGCAAAUUUAGAGCGGUCAGGGAUAUAUCUGUCGCACCUGUCGAUUGUUCCGAUCAAACGCAAAUAUUGAGAAUGAUGGAUGCAACGGAUGGUGUAGUGAACCGGAAGAGAAAACAAAAAUUGGCAGAGAAAGCAAAACCAUUACGGGCUCCCUCGAAAGGUGAAUCUUUGCUCGGCGAUAUAGACACAUAAAUAGCAUAUAAUCGUUUUCUAUGUCUUUCCUUCGUGUAUAAAGUUUUAAACGAAUCAUCGUUGUGUCUUCUUGCAAUCUACACAAGAAAUUUAUUUUUUGAAUUUAAACGCUGGUUAUACAGGGUGCUCUAUAUACGAGUACUCUGUGAUAUUUUUUAUUGGAAAUGCAGGAGGAUGGUUUGUGUAAAUUAUUCAAGCGUUGUUCGACAAGAUUUAAGGUACAAAUAUAUUAUGUGUUAAAUGUGAAAAAUCUAUAAUGUUGCGCGAAUGUUGCCCAAGAUUGUUGGAAAGUGUUGAUAGCGAGGCGCACUCGUCCAUCCGAAAGCCGCGGGAACAGAGUAUCGAGAAUCGAUAAUCGAGGUGCUUCGAGACAGACGAUCGAUUUAAUCUAUUUGAAAUUUCUUAAGAAUGUUUUACAAUAGUAAAUUGAAAUCUCUUCAAAUUGUACGUGAUAUUGACCACGAAUUAUAUUGCAAAUAAAGUAUUUUAAUCUUUUUUAAUGAAUUUUUAUUACUUUUUCCACCGAGAAAAUCAGUCGAUCGUCGAAAUCGUUGAAGAAUUUAUGAUUCUAUUCGAAAAAAUGAUUAUAAUUGUAAUCAGGCUUUUUUUUAAGCAUUAGUCUAGAAAAUAUUGAAAUAAUUAAUUUAAAAUAGAUUUUAGCAAGUCGUAAUUUUAUUUAUAAACAAUAACCUGAGAUAAAUCUGUAUGUUAGUUGUUUAUCGUUUCUGGAAGAAAAUAUCUUUGGUAGACUUUAUUAAAGGAAUAUUAGUUUGAAUCUAACUAAGCGUUAAUUUUAUAUACACCAGCUAAGAAGGAAAUACAUAUAUGUAACGAAUGAGAAUGCGAACGGUAAGAAUAUUGUAUUCGAUUGAAAUGAAAUAAAUUGUAUGAAUAUUUAAAUAAUU